AUGACGCUGAGCCCUUCUCUGUCAAUAACAACGCCCCACUGCUGGUGGAGGAGAAUGGCACCGUGCCCAAGGGGAGCAGCACCUGGGGGGCCGCUCAGUGACCAUCCCUGCGCAGGGCCGGAGGAGCUGGAGCGCUGCCUGUUCGCUGAGACACUGGCACUGGUGGCAGCAGGAGGACAGCCGCAGGGACACCUCUGGGUGACAGCCCGACACGCACCCUAUGAGCAGGAGGGCCAGCGGGUGAGGAGCUGCCUCCUGCUCCAGGCUGGCUCCCAGGGGCUGCUGGAUGGCGUGCCACAUUCCUGCAGGCUCACAGGGUAUGUGUCUAUGCAGCUGGAGACGCUGGAGCAGGAGCAGCAUGAGCGCUUGGAGUUUGGAGCACACCCCGUGGAGAGGAAGAUCCACAUGGUACAGCACCCACGUGGAAUGACCGUCACCGUCACUACCCAGGAGGGAGAGGUAGACCCACAGCAGCAGGUGUUCUCCUACAGCUGGGCCUCGCUGGAGGGGCUGCUGGGGGAGGCUGCCAGUCUGCUGCUGCUGCGGGUGCUGGCGUGUCGCCGUGCCUUGCCCCCCAGCAUCACCUUCCCAGCCAUCGACAAGGAGGGCCACCUCUGCACCACCACCUACCGCUCCCUGGGCAUGCGUCAGCAGCCGGUGGGCUCGGCACAGGGGGAGGUGUUGGUGGUGGAAAGAGUCCUGCAUGCUGCCCAGGGCAUUCCGAUGGUGUGGCACUACAGCCUCCUCCCCAGCGGGCAUUUGGCUCGGCGGGUGCAGGUGGGGUGCCCGGUGGUUGCUGUGCUGCAGGAUGUACCUGCUGUCAGCGGCAUGGGUGCAGAGCCCCAGCCUCUCUUGCCAAAGCAGCUGCUGGACUGGGAGGAGGAUGCCCAGCUGUACUCCUGGUUCUUGGACAGGAAGGAGGAGCUGCGAGCGUCCCACAGCACCUACAUUCAGCAGCAUCCCGAGCUCUUUGCGCUGCUGGCUGACUUCCUGCAGGCCCUGCUGCUCCGCCAGCCCCCUGACCCCAUCCUCUUUGCUGCUGAAUUCUUUGCCCCCUUUGCUCGCCACCAGCCCCCUGGGCCCAGCUUCGCCUCCUCCGUAUCCCCCAGCCCCUUCUGCAGCAUCUCCUGUCCCAGCCCCCUGGCUCAGGGGGAUUAAAGGUUUCAACAGUGCUCCUGCAAUUCUCUCGUGUGUUUUGGGGAAACUGAGGCAUGGGAAGGGCUGGGAGGCUGAGCUUUCUAUGAGCCCCUCAUCCCCUCAUGGCUGUUUAGGUCUUACUUCUCCCCCUCCCCCCCCCAAAAAAAAGCCUUUCCUCGUGAUAUGGGGUGCCUAGGGCUUGCCAUGGGGCAGAGCCCUGUGCCCUGCCACCACUCCAUGUAUCCUCAGGGGUGUCACCCAGGUCCAUUCACAGCCACAGGGACUCUGUGAGGUGCAGCCUGAUUCACACCAACACUAAGCUCCCCAGUCUUCCGGAUGAGGGCAUCUCCCACCCCAACACCCCGCACUCUCCAGACCCCCCUCUCCAAGCCCGGGGUGCAUUUUGCCCUGCUCACGUGCUUGUGCAAUGCGUGCUGCUUCCUCCUCACUCCCACCCGUUUGGCCUUUUCCCCACUUCAACAGGGUCAGCAGCUCCUCCA